UUCCUCUGCUCUCUCCUGGGAUCAUGGAACACCCCCUGCUGUGCAUGCUGAUGCUGUUUGCCGGUGUGAUUCCAACCCAGGGUGGGAUCCUGAACCUGAACAAGAUGGUCGAACAAGUGACCCGGAAGACACCCAUCUUCUCCUAUUGGCCCUAUGGCUGCCACUGUGGACUUGGUGGCAAAGGCCAACCCAAAGAUGCCACGGACUGGUGCUGCCAUGCCCACGACUGCUGCUAUGAUCACCUGAAGCACCAUCAAUGCCGAGUCCUCACAGAUAAUUACAACUACACCUUUUCCCAGGGGCACAUCCAGUGCUCUGACAAGGGGAGCUGGUGUGAGCAGCAGCUGUGUGCCUGUGACAAGGAGGUGGCCGUCUGCCUGCAGCGUAACCUGGACACCUACCAGAAGCGCCUGCGUUACUACUGGAGGCCCCACUGCAGGGGCAAGACCCCCAUGUGCUAGCAGAAGCCCCCUGGCUGCUGCACCUCCCCACCCCAUUCCUCAGCGUCUUGAGCUCAGGAAGUCCUACAGGGUUGCUGACACCCCUGCGCCAGUGUCUAACCCCCUGAACUAGCCUCGCUCCUUUAAAAUACCCCUGGGAAGAGGGAGGGUCUCAGCCUGGCCCCUACUCCCCAUCUUGCCUCCCGGACUUUCUAAACCUUCCCACAGGGCAGCGACUGUCUCCUCUGAGAGUGGAUUGGAAUCUUAGGAAAAGCUGAGGCCAGGUUGCCCCCAGGGACAGUGUUCAGGCCAAAGCAGCAGGCACGGGGGGCGGGGCCAUGGGGCAAAGUAUCUGCCGCCUCCACAGGAAUGUGAACCUCACAUGUCCGCUGCCCCCACACCCCCUACCAGUAGCCCCAGUCUCACCCGCUCCAAUUCACUUCCCAAGCUGCAGCCAGACUGGCCUCUCUAAAGCAUGGUACUGAUCUUUCUGUCCAAGUGACUCUACUCCUUAAAACCCCGGGGCCCUCCACCACCCCCGGACAGGGCCUCUCACAGGAGUUGGCCACUGGCUCUGUCUGGUGCUGUGUCCCUUUCCCCAGCCAGGCCUGGAGGCCCUCACGGAGGUGGCCCAUGCCUGACCUGGACCCAGUUGCAUCCCUGGUGCCCAAAGCAGGGUCCAGGCCUAAGAGGGGGUUCCACAGAUUCCUGCGGAGUGAGGCGCUAGGUGAAGCUGCCUUGUCCUCUUGCUCCAGGCACAGGCUCCACAAGCACAUGCCACGGGUCCUCUCCCGCUCCCAAGCACUGGCUCAGCCUGGCGCUCGUGCAGAAAUGCUCGGCUUGCCAUCUCCAGGCGGC